AUGGAUUUAGAGGCUAUUUAUGAAAAUGUUGAACGCAGAGAUAUUGAAAACACAACUGGACCUCAAUCUCAGAGUCACGGCCAGGAUGAAGGAAAAGAUCUAAAGCACAGAGGAAGUAGAUGUUUGGGGUUGAUCACAGUGGGUCUCGGGCUCAUUAGUGUUCUUCUGGUGGUCUUCAUCAUGCUGCAGCACAUCACCAUCACAACGGAAAGAGAUCUGACAAAUAAUUACAAGAACACUCUUGAAGAGUUUAAUCAAACCAUCAAGAGUUUACAGGACAAUUACACUGAUCUAAUGACUAAAAAACACCAACUGCAGAACAACUUCAGCUCUUUAAGUCAGAAGAACCUGGAACAGGAGACCAGAGUCAGAGAUCUCACUGCUAAGAAAACCCAGUUACAGAGAAAUGUUGAAUCUUUGAGUCAGAAGAACCUGGAACAGGAAAACAGAGUCAGAGUUCUCACUGCUGCGAAAACCCAGUUACAGAGAAAUGUUGAAUCUUUGAGUCAGAAGAACCUGGAACAGGUAAACAGAGUCAGAGUUCUCACUGCUGCGAAAACCCAGUUACAGAGAAAUGUUGAAUCUUUGAGUCAGAAGAAACAGGACCUGGAGACCAGAGUCGCUUCUCUGAGUUGGUUCUUCAUGUCCACUGAGUUGAGCUGGUCUGCCAGCAGACAGUACUGCAAGAAUCAUGGUGCUGAUCUGGUCAUUAUCAACACUGAAGAGAAGCAGAGGUUCAUAUCCUCAUUAGUCAGUGAGAGAGUGUGGAUUGGUUUGUCUGACACAGAGAACGAGGGCACCAUGAAAUGGGUGGAUAAUUCAGCAUUAAAACAAGGGAGAGGAAACUUUCCAGCCAGCUCGACAGGAACACAGGAGAUUCAGGAGAUCGUUGGGAAAUCAGGUAACAGGAAUGGCUCGGGAAUCCUAAAGGCAGCAGAACAAUGA